AUGAACGCAAAUGCCUACUUCGCGGGCAACAACAGCUUCCGCGUAGCGCGCGACCGCUGCAUAGCAGCUUGCCUGACAUAUAAUGAUAAAGCCGAAAAGGUGUCUCCUAGAGAGCGAGGUGCUCUCUGGCUCCAGUCAGUUAACCGCUACCCCCAUCCAAAAUCCGCCCCGAUCCUUGGGGCCACUGACUUUGCCAACCACUCCUAUAUAUCAUCAUCACGCACAAACACUUCAACUGAUCUCCCUUCCUGCAGGAUCGUGUCGCCCAACGAAGCUCCGAAAACCCUGACAACUGCGGAGCAGAUGUUCAACGAUCCGAGCCUGAAGCCGCAGGUCCCGUUUGUCAAAGUCCCCGUCUUUAUGGAUUACGGUCUGCGAGUGCACAUCGGUGGCUCCACAUUCAUCAACCGCGGCUUCAAGGUCCUGGACAGCCCCGUUGCCGACGUGACGAUUGGCGAAGGCUGCUUGUUCGGCCCUGAUGUUACCAUCAUAUCUGUCAGUCAUCCGUUGCGUGCCGAGGACCGCGCCGAGGCCAAGACAGGUCGGCCAGCGAGUUAUGGAAAGCCGGUUCAAGUGGGAGAUGAUGUUUGGGUCGGCACUCGAGUCAUCAUUUUGCAAGUAUCUUCAAGUUCACACGUUGUCCCUGAUGAAAGGGAGCUCAGCAGCGCGCUAACCCGCACAGGCCCGGUGUCACAAUUGGACCAGGAUCGGUGA